UCAUUAAUUUUAGACCACAUCACUUUGAUUUUCAACGUCCAUCUAACAAGUCCAAAAAUGGCCUGUUCCUGCUGUAGUAUCAAAGUGCUGUUUAUUGUGUUGAUAUGUAGUGUCGUCUUUUUUAUUGUGUCUCUUCUACUCGCGUUUGUGGCGUUUCCAGACAUUCUUUACUCGGAAGUCAAUAAAGCUACGAGGCUUGACGAAGGUACGGAGCAGUAUGACCGGUUUCUUGAUCUACCAUUUCCACUCACAUUCAAAGUUUAUCUUUUUAAUGUUGAAAAUCCAGAUGAAAUUUUAAAGGGUACUGCCAAACCGAAAUUAAGUGAAAAAGGACCUUAUAUUUACAAGCAAUACAGACACAAAAAAAUAUUAGAAAUAGAUGAGGACGAAGAUACAAUUUCAUAUACCCAAAUGGAAACAUUUGAAUUCGAUGCUGAAUCGUCGGCACCUUUGACAGAGGAUGAUAUGAUAACUGUUUUAAAUCCUCCUCUGAUGUCAGUUUACCACCUUGCAGAAGGCUUCAUGUUAGCAGGAGCAGUAGAUAAAUGUAUAAGGCCCACGUUUCCAGCGGGUUAUGACGAAAUUUUUAUUAAGGUGCCUGUAAGACAUCUGAUGUUCGAAGGCUUCAAUUUUUGCAGAAAUAAGGGUAGUGACUUGUGUUCUCUUGUCAACGACAUUGUGUGUACAAUAGCAUCAACAAAACGAAACUCUGAUAUUUUGGCUGAUUAUUCGCUACAAUUUUCAUUCCUCAAUUAUAAAGUGAGAGAACCCGACGGCAAGUAUACUGUAAAACGAGGUCUCGAUGACAUCGAUCGUUUAGGUUAUAUAUCGGCCUGGAACGGCAUGAAAUAUACCAGCUACUGGGGGGACGGUACUACAUGUAGUGAAGUCAGAGGAACUGAUUCAACACUUUAUCCUCCGAGAAUUACUAAAGACAAUGAAUUUUAUAUCUUUGCCACAGAUAUUUGCAGGUCCGUAAAAAUUAAUUAUAUACGAGAAGAAACUUAUAGAGAUGUAGAUGGCUACAUGUUUGGUACAGAUAAGAACACACUGCAGCCCUCUACUAAUAAUUCAGAAGCUGACUGCUUUUGUACGAAGCAAAGUAAAGAUGUCGAUGGUCAAAAUAGCUGCUUUUUAGACGGUGUUAUAGAUAUGCAAAGUUGUUUUGGUGUUCCAGUACUGUUUUCCUUCCCACACUUUUUGUGGGCUGAUGAAAAAUAUUUAAAUGGUGUAGAUGGACUAAGUCCUAAUGAAGAAGCACACAGGACUUAUCUUUUAGUUGAACCAAACACAGGAACUCCCUUAAAGGGAGUUAAAAGAAUUCAGCUAAAUGCGGUUAUUAGACCCAUUGCUGGGAUAAAAUCUUUGAUUGAUACCACAAAGGCUGUUUUACCUUUGCUAUGGAUAGAAGAAGGGGUUGCAUUGACUGAAGAAUAUACAGAUGAACUACAUUCAAAAUACUUUGAUAAAGUUCAAAUACUAGAUGGGUUCAAGUGGGCACUGAUUGCAGUAUCUGCAUUGCUCGUAGUCAUAUUUGGAGUACUAGUGGUUAGAAAGAGGUUUUUCAAUAAUACUGGCCAACCUGAUGGGUUGUAAUAUAUUUAUUUGUUGAGUGUAUAUAAAUAAAUAUUUUUUAUUAACUCAAA